GAAUAUGUUCUUCCUCCUGUUGCUGUGUCAGAUCCUGAAGAUGGUGAUAUGUUGAUCUUCACACCAGAGUACAACAAGUUACUUACAGGAGAGAAUAUAACGAUGACAUUCAAUGAAAAAAUUGGUGUAACGAAGUACUGGCAUAAAGAUAAUGAGAGAGUGGCAGAAGGACGGAGCUAUACAAUCACAUCUGCCCGGGUUGGACACAGCGGGAACUACAAUUGCCGGACAAAUAGGGGUCAUAGUGCCACAUUCAGGCUGGAUGUCAGUGAUGGUCCGGUCAUACUGCAGGCUCCUCCCCUUGUGUAUCGGGGUAGUGCUAUGGUACUAAGAUGUCACAGCCGUCCUCAGUAUCGGGUCAUCAAUACAACAUUCUACAAAGAUGAUAAAGUCGUACAGACUUCAACCAAUGAUCUUGCUACAGUUAUCAUUCCACGGAACCAACAAGUUGGAAGAUACAGAUGUAAGAGAACAUUAUCCUGGGAUGAAUAUGUAACUUACACAGAUGAAGUCUCCCUACACAUCAGAGGUCUGUUUCCAAAACCAAAUCUUACCGCAAUACAAAGUCCAGUGACAGAAGGUGACGCCAUGACCCUGACGUGUGACAUGAGUCUCAGUCCGCACAGACAGGGGACAGAAAUGCAGUUUGUUUUCUACAGAGAUGGACAAAUUGUUCAGGAAUUCAGUUUAUCCAACCAAUAUGGAGUCCAGUCCGCUCAGCUGGAGGAUUCUGGGAAUUAUUCCUGUGAAGUGAGAUCUGCAUCCAACAGUGUAAAGAGGAGGAGCGAGGAAGCAUCCAUCCAAAUAAAUGGUGAGAUUGUAGGGACACUGGCAUGA